UGCACUUGCCUUGAAAGCCUUCCAGAUGAUUGCUCAUAAUUAUAGCAAAUUAUACUAAUACGGUACAUAUUUUUGAAAUAGCUUUCUGCUUACUUGUUUCUUAUACAGAGAUAUUCUUCUUACUUAGAGCUUCCAAGAAAUGUCCUUAUGGAUUCCCCUUUUGUAUAUGUGAAUGUUUUUGUACCAGACUCUCUGCUAAUAAUUUCUAAGAGUUUUAAACAGAAAUUACCCAUUUAUGGGUACCACUGCACAAUAAAUUCUGAGCAGGCAGGCAGUCAAGAGGUGCAGCACACUCUGGUGGUCAGUGCUUGUGACAACACCAGCACCCAAGACCAGAGUUCUCCUCUGACAAUACUAGGGGAGAUUGCAUGUGAAAAUUGCUUCAAUUCUGAUAAUAAUACUUAUACAGCUGCUAAAAAUACCAAGUUGCCUGUUAGAAGUGACAUUUCACCAUCUGUAUUCAGUGAUCAGUCUUCCAUUGACAAUGAAUCAGAUGGGAUUAAAUAUGUUUUCUGGCUUUUAUUUAAAUCAGACUCAUUCCUCCAAGUUAGCAAAGUGCUCAUCAAUGGACAAGCUUUGAGCUUGAAGAAUGUAAAUGUAAUUUUUUACUGUUCUGAAGAGAUCCUAGAAGCUCGUCUGCUGUGCAACAAGUAUGGAAGUGAUACAACGAAUACAUCUCUUUCAUUUUUCAUCUCUAAAGUCAAACAUGAAGCCCAGAAAGAACAAAAGUCUUCAACAUUUUCUACUUUUUAUUACCUGUGUCUAGGGAGUAUAAUUUAUUUAAUGAAAGUUUUGUUGUUCUUUCCUCAAUGCUGCAUCAAAAUCCAAAGUUUCUUCCAACGAAUUUUUGACUUCCAGUCAGCAACUUUAACACAACUUCAUGUUCGAGUGACUCAACUGAAUGAAAUGCAAAGAAUAAAUGAACAAAUGUCAUCAAAAAUUGGACAAUUUUUCCCAAGUUGCUUAUGCCAAUGCACCCCAAAACAUUCCCUGAAAAGAAAUAAUCAAGCUCGUUGUGAUAAAAAAGGAUACCAGUCUCAUUCCACCUCCCUCAAUAAGAACGCACCCAGUUGUGAUAGUGCUCAAGACUCACAUCGUUAUUUGAAAGAACCUUUCAGUUGUAAAGCAUGCCCAGUUUAUGGAUGCAGUAAUUCCAUAGAUUGGAGCUGUAUGCCUGCCACUGCGACAAGUGACAGCUUAGUGCUGCUGCGACUCUUUUUUGUUGUACUUGUGGAUGCUGCUUUGGGCAUCUCUCUUCUGUUGUGGAUCCAGAAUGUUGGCAGCGCCGAUAUCAUAUACGACUGGUUCCUCUCCAUGGCUCAGGGCGUGAGCAGCGCCGUGCUACAGCUCCUCACUUGGUUGAAGGGAGCGCCAGCAGGACUGAAACUCAACCAGCCGCUCUCAGUGGCGCUCGCCACCUUCUUCUCCUACCACGUUGGCUUGUGGAUGCUUUAUCUUGAGGUAGCGGGAGGUGCUGUAAGGGCGCUGUGUUGGGCGUUGGUGUGGUCAGGACCUCUGGGUGCCACCGUUCAGCUUGCUUUGCUGUCUGACCUCCUGCAGCUGGCAGCCCUGCACCUACACUGCUUCUACGUCUAUGCCGCUAGGCUGCACAUGGUGCAAAUUUCACUGCUGGGAUCUCAGUGGCGGGCGUUCAGAGGCAACAAAUGGAAUCCUCUGAAGUUGAGGGUGGACUCCCUCCACUGUCAGCCGUCCCCUAUCCACCAGCCAAGCGGGGCAAUCCGUCCUCCCUGUGGGGACACGUCACGAGCCCCGUUGUCCCGGGUCCUGAGCGCCAUCAUCUUCACGCUGGUGCUCUUCCUGCUGCCCACGACCACCGUCUACUACGUCGUCUUCCUGUCGGUGCGCGUGGUGCUGGUGGUGGUGCGGGAGGUGCUGCGCGGCGCAGCUUGGCUGCUGCACCACAACCCUGUCUUCGCGCCCUGCCUGCGCCUGCUGCGCCCCUCUGCGCUGCGCGGCGAAGUAGAAUUCGAGUCUCUGCCAGGACUGGGGGAGCGCGGGGCGCCCGUGUCACUGCGCGUCGGUGUGCGCUGCGUGCCGCUCACGCACGUCGUGCGUCACUUUGCCGCCUCGCCCUCCCUCCCCACAUUCUCACUCCCCUCCCUUUCCACCGUCGCGUCCGCCCUCGUCUACGCCAGAACGCUCAUCUGAACGCAGGCGUUGGGCAAGUCUACGCGUUGUUAUUGUGUCAAGUGAGAAUUGCUUAGGAAUUAUUACUGCCAUCUGAACUUGGAUAGGUUCCUAGAAACUGCUCCAAGUUCGAAUGACAGUCUCACCUGACAGUUGAAACCGCCCAUCCUGGUUGUGCCGACUAGGGAGGGGGGCGAUAGGUUAGUUUUUCAGGGCACUCAGACCACAGGUAGUUGCCACGACCAUCACUGGCUCGCUGACCACCCAGAACGAUUACAUAACACCAUAGACAAGCCAGAUAUUCACUGAUCAAUCUGAAUUGGAUCAAUGAUUGAGUUGGCAAUAAUGUCAGCUGGGUGAGAGACUGAGUAUCACAACUGCAAAUGCUCUGUGGUCACGCAAAUCCGGCCACCAGACACUCGUAAAUUAUUAAAACAUCUUAACCCUCUACCGCCUGACAUGAGUAA